AUGAAUCAAUGUGAAGAUUUCACUGAUCUACUUAAUAAUCUACAAUAUUUGAUUAAUGAGUUGAAACGGCAUAUCAGUAUACAAACGUACAUGAAAUGCUGCUACUCAGAAAAUUCAUUAGAUUUGAUUAACGAUGAUCGUUGUGCAAUUGUACAUCCACAACAUUCAAAAUCAUGGAUUAGUGAUACAAGGGUCAAGUUAUCAACCUUAAUGAAUCAACCAUCCAAUAUUAAUCACACUAACUUGAAAUCUUAUGUUGAGUCGUUACGGCGGACACAUUAUAAACUUCGACAACUAUCAGGGAGAAUGGAUCAGUUAUGCUCAAAAUUUAUUCAUCAAUGCAACAAACAGUUUACUUGUCAAUCGAAAUUAUCAACAACAGAUUGUUUACAACAAACAGCUGAUCUCUUAGGAACAGUUAUUAAGCGUCUACAUGUGAUUUUUGAUCGAUCAGAUGUAUAUGUUGACAAUAGCACAACACAAGACGUUUUUCAAGAUUUGAACAAAGUUCUAGACAAUAUCGCUUACUACUCAUCUACGAUUAAUAGUUGA